AUGGUUGGUAUUCUCAUUUCCCUGUUGAUGCUGUUGGGUUCUACCCAAGGACAAAACGUUUUCGUUUCAACAAGCCAGAUCGCGACGGGUAAAUCAACGGGGUCAACAUCGUCUUUCGUGUUCGCCGCUCAAGGACUAAAUGCGACUUCCAAUUUGGCCGUCGAUGGCAACACAAAUGGCAACUUCCUCUCAGGCAGUUGCUUCUCCAGUGCCAUCGGCGACGACAACCCCGUGUGGUUCGUCGACCUUGGAGCAAACUUCAAUAUCUACAGCGUCAGAAUCUUCAACAGAGGGGACUGCUGUGCGGAACGUCUCAACAACAUCAGGGUCGACAUUCUUCAGAACAAUCCCUUGACUGGCACCCCGGGAACUGUCCAAACUUGUGGCGCCAUCGGCAAUCCCGGAGGUGUUGGGUUGAGCCAGUCUCGGGACAUUGUAUGUCCUUUUCAAACCUACUACUACUAUUACUAUUACUACUACUACUAUUACUACUAUUUCUACACCGUCUUCCAAAAUGGCCGCUACAUCCGUAUUACAAAAACAAGCACUGGGGAUGCUGAGGGACUACUGACACUGUGUGAGGUUCAAGUCAACGUUGCAACCAACGUCUUCUACCCAUACUCCACUGUUGGUGUGGCCAACGCUGGUGUUGCUGAUGAAGCUACUCCCAAAGUCGGAUCUCUACCUGAUGGAGUCACUGUCACCCAGUUCGAGCCCCAGGGAGACAUGCACCGUGUCACCGUACCCGCUCCCGUAGCCGCCCAGCCAAAUGCUCAACAGGAACCGGAACAACAUUAACCGGAA